AGGAGGACGACAGAGGAGUUUGUGGACCAUCGGUUUCCACGACAAUCUCCAUACAUAAUCCCAAACGAGUCAUUCUCAUUGGCGACUAGAUUUCCAACUUCAUCACUUCACUCUCAACCUGAAUCUACUCUCUAAACCCAAAACCCCGAUCCCUACCCUGUUUUCCAAUCCAUGGCUUCUUCCAUGGCCAGAACCAUUCUCAGAGACCACAGGGUAGGAGGACUGAACAAUGCGAUGCUCCAACCAAGCUCCUGCACUCUACUUCGGAAGAAUUUUCACAACACGCAUCUGGAUGUAAGGGGUGGGGUUUCUCUGCAUGAGAAUGGAAGAAGUUGUGCAAUUCGAAGCGAGUUGCGGGGUCCUGUUUUUGCUGCUGCGAGAAGUCCCUUAGUGAAUCUAAAGCCUAAAAGGAAUUCACAAAUAUUGUGCAAGGCUACAACAGACCUCUCCGGGGAUGUUCCUGGAAGUUCUGGGGAGCUAAGCCAGUAUGAGAAAGUGAUUGAAACCUUAACUACUCUUUUUCCUUUGUGGGUCAUCUUGGGGGCUCUUGUCGGCAUUUACAAGCCAUCUGCUGUAACUUGGUUGGAGACAGACCUUUUCACUCUUGGCUUGGGUUUCCUCAUGCUGUCUAUGGGCCUGACAUUGACAUUUGAGGAUUUCAGACGAUGUAUGCGAAAUCCGUGGACUGUGGGUGUAGGGUUUCUUGCACAAUAUUUAAUUAAGCCCGUGCUAGGCUUUUUCAUUUCACUGACUCUAAAACUUUCGGCUCCUCUUGCAACUGGUCUUAUUCUGGUCUCAUGUUGUCCUGGAGGUCAGGCAUCAAAUGUUGCAACUUACAUAUCCAAGGGAAACGUUGCACUCUCUGUUCUUAUGACCACGUGUUCAACUAUUGGAGCCAUUAUUAUGACUCCACUCCUUACAAAACUUCUAGCUGGUCAACUUGUUCCAGUUGAUGCUGCUGGUCUAGCAAUUAGCACCUUUCAGGUUGUUUUAGUCCCAACAAUUGUGGGAGUUCUGUUAAAUGAGUUUUUCCCCAAGUUCACCUCAAAGAUAAUCACAGUUACUCCUUUGAUAGGAGUUAUCUUGACCACUCUCCUUUGUGCAAGCCCAAUUGGGCAAGUCGCAGAAGUCUUAAAAACUCAAGGAGCGCAAUUAAUAUUACCAGUCAUGGCCCUACAUGCUGCUGCAUUCGCCAUUGGUUAUUGGAUGUCAAAAUUGUCAUUUGGUGAAUCUACAUCCCGGACAAUAUCUAUUGAGUGUGGGAUGCAGAGCUCUGCACUUGGAUUCUUGCUUGCUCAGAAGCACUUUACAAACCCCCUUGUAGCUGUUCCUUCUGCUGUUAGUGUUGUCUGCAUGGCGCUUGGGGGAAGCGCUCUAGCUGUGUUCUGGAGGAACAGUCCAAUUCCCAUUGAUGACAAAGAUGACUUCAAGGAAUGAAAAUCAUGACCUUGUUAUCUUCUUUGUGUUGCAAGCCCCACGAAUUAUUUUCCACUUGUGCCACUGUGCUCUGUAGGACAUUUAUUUCUGCAUAUUGGUUGAGUAGAAAGUUUUGAUUUUGGAAUUAAGAACAUUAAGAAUUUAGGAUAAGCUUGUAAUAGUAGAGCAGGGUGAAGAGAUUCAACACGUAUGUGCGAACUGCAGCAAGUAAUUCUUGAGAUUUGUAUGAAUUUGUACUUAUCAGAAAUUGUAUCACCAGUUUCCACUCAUGAUACUUCUCCGAAAUGUUAUGAAAAUUGGGCUGGUUUUGGA